GGGCGACGUCCUCUCUCUGGUGGUGGGCGGUGCGAGCUGGUCGUGUUGCUGGUCACUACGCGCAGAGCUGUUAGUUCAUGGCUGCAGCGGGUCCCGGGGCUGAGGUGCGGGCGACGGCGCGGCAGGAGCCGGGACGGGCGCCGGGCAAGGUACUGGACGGAGGCCGCGGCCGAAGAGCGGGUGAUCCUCAAUAGGACCUACUAGAGGCUACAGAAAAAAAACCUAGGCAGAAUAAAAAACGGUGAAAUAGGUUGUUCUAAGGAAAUAAGAUGGAUCCCUGUUCAGUUGGAGUUCAGCUUCGUGCUACCAAUGAAUGUCAUAAGACAUACUAUACUCGACAUACUGGCUUCAAGACUUUGCAAGAAUUAUCAUCAAAUGAUGCGCUUUUACUUCAGCUUAGAACCGGAAUGACACUCUCUGGAAACAAUACAAUUUGCUUCCAUCAUGCAAAAAUUUACAUUGAUCGAUUUGAGGACUUGCAAAAGUCUUGUUGUGAUCCUUUUAACAUACACAAAAAGCUUGCAAAGAAAAAUUUGCAUGCAAUUGACUUAGAUGAUGCCACUUUCCUAAGUGCCAAGUUUGGAAGACAGCUUGUACCUGGUUGGAAGCUUUGUCCAAAAUGCACACAGAUAAUCAAUGGAAGUGUGGAUGUUGAAUCUGAAGAUCGCCAAAAAAGGAAAGCUGAUUCAGACGGAAGGACCGCUAAAGCCUUGCGGUCCUUGCAGUUUGCAAAUCCAGGAAAGCAAACUGAAUUUACUCCAGAAACUGGUAAGAGAGAAAAAAGAAGGCAAACUAAGUCAACCAAUUCAGACAGGCAAGUGAUACCACCAAAGAGCAAAGUCUAUGAUAGCCAGGGCCUCCUGAUAUUCAGUGGGAUGGAUCUCUGUGAUUGCCUUGAUGAAGAUUGCCUGGGGUGUUUCUACGCCUGUCCAAAUUGUGGUUCUAACAAGUGUGGAGCUGAAUGCCGCUGUGACAGAAAAUGGCUUUAUGAGCAGAUUGAAAUAGAAGGAGGGGAAAUUAUUCAUAAUAAGCAUGCUGGGUAAUUUGAAGAGUUUGGAUGAGCUGAUCCUUGUAGCUCUGAAAUUCUACUGUAGAUAUAUUGAGAAUCCAAGCAUGAUAAACCAGUGACAAGAUUUGAAACAUGUUAUUACAUAUAAAUGUCGUGUACUAGAUGUUUAGAAUUCAUUGUUUUGUGUACAUUAUAGAUGGACUUUAAAAAUAAGCUUUAAAGUUUAUUGUGGAUAAAUAAGCAAGCUGAGUAGUUGGGAAACAAUGCCUGACUAUAUACAAGGAGAUUUGUUAAACUGUUUAAAAAAACAUUCUGGCAUUAGUUACAAAUGGAUUAAUAAACAGGGGGCAAAAUCUUCAAAGCACUUUAUAUCAGAUCACAUUCCCUUUGAAUAAAGAAACUUAUAAUGAAAAUCCAGUUUACCACCCUAAGUAUUCUUACUCCUUUUACUACCUAGAUUUCUGUUAAAUUAGAGAUUUUUAAUAUUUUUAAAGAAACUGUAGCCCAAUAAAUUCUAAAGAAAUAGCAUUUGGCCUAAAUUGAGCUAAUAGUAUUGUAGUUUCCAUUCUUACAACCCAUCCCUUCCCCAAAUCCUUUUUCAAAUUCAAGCCAAAUUGCCUCUUCAAACAGAAUCUAGGUUCCCUGUCCCUUCUGGAAGUGUACUUACUGACCUUAAGAUCUCCGUUUCCAUAAUCCUUCAAUAAGUGACAGUAGUACACCACUUAGGUAUGGACAAGGUUAGAAUCUUUUUUUUUUUUUUAAGUAUGUUUAUCAUGAUAAAAUAUACACAAAAUGUAAGUUCAUAAAUCACUUUCCGAAUUAAGAGUUGUAUUUCAAAUGUUAUUUAAACAAAAACAUUUAAGUGGUGCCACAACAUCUUUUUAAACACAAUUUACUUGGGAAAUAACCUAAAGAACAUUAACUAUUCCUGCAUUCAUUAGAUUUGGCAAGUUAAGCUUUGAAGAGCAUGCCUUCCUAAGAACUCUAACUUUAAAGAGUUCAGUAAGAGAUGUAAAUUCUGUUCAUUUCUUGAAUGGUCAUUUGCAAGGCUGUUGAGAUUUGCUGCAUUUUGAAAUGAUGAAUCCACAAGUCUUGUUUCUCAUUUAAAGUAAGUGCUAACAGUCUUUGAGGUCCUUUUUAAUCUUGCUGCUAGACUUUUCAGGGGACCUGAUUAUUAAUAAAGCAAAUGCUAAAACUAUAAAUGCUAAUUUCCAUUUUGGUAUGGAUUGUGUUAGACAAGUCAGUGUUAACAUGCUAAAAAGUUGACAUUAGAAAUGAGAAGUGUAAGUAUCCAGAUUUUGUGUUUUGGAUACAUAUUUUGGUGUUGCUGGUUCAAUUGUACUUUUGCAUAAUAGGUUAAGUUGAAAACUGUUUUAUAGUGUUUUUUGUUUGUUUUUUUACUUUCUACAAUACCAUUGUCUAUAAUUAAUAGCUGUGCUUCUGCAAUGAAUAUAUUGAUAGAAUCUAGUUGUAACUUCCCAAUCCUUGCUGAGAUUUUGCAUUUUAGGGCCCAACAGCCCGAACUAAUUUUGCUCUAUUGAUGUGGGUAUGUACAAUUUUGUUGAAAAACUCUUUUUUAGCAAUUGUGUUUAAAAGUCCUUAGUUUCUUUAUUAUUCUACUGAACAUAGUGCUUAUGGUAAUAUAGGUACUAUACAUAUAGGUGUUGUACUUUGUCAGAAGUAUAUUAAAUAUUAAAAUAGCUUAAGAAUGCUGUAUUUCUUACAUACUUUGGGGGGGGGGGAGGAAGUGUUGAGUUCUUCCUAGUUGAAGGCUUCAGAAGAGUUGUCAGUUCAUUGUGGAGACAAAUUGAUAAUAGCUAUUGUCAUUUACAGAGAAAGAAAUUGUCUUGGAGGUUAAGGCUGUUGUCCAGGAAGAUCUAAUUCAGAAUUGAUUUACACUUUGAUAUCUAAUUAUCUUCAUUAUCUCAUGGGUGUGGGUGCUCUGUCCAUCCAUAUAUAGAUUUUAGGCAUUCUAUCUUCCAUGUAGUGUCUAAGCUAUAUUGCUAUUUAACCCAAAAGGAGUAAAUAAAUGAGUGUUUACUUUGUCACUACUACUUUUAGAUAUGUAAAACAUUUUCUUGGGCUAAACACAAGUAUUGUUCCUUUGUAGCUGUUUCGCUUUACAAGCAUUUUUUUUUCUAUAUAAAGAUGAAGUGUGGUGAUGCUUGCGCUUAUUGUAGCUAUAGCAUAACAUUCUACCUUUGUUUAAAUUUUCAAGCUUUUGGAUAUAAAUUUAACAUCUAGAAAGUCAGAAUACUAUUAUGUGAACUACUUUUCCUUUUAUAGUUACUUAAGGCAUUUUUGUUCUGUUGUAAAGUUUUUGUGUACUUCAUUUGCUUUUUGUUGUAACAGCUACUGGAAUUUAAAAACAAUAAACUUCUCAUCCAUUACUGCUUCA